UUAACGAAAAUUGCAAGGCAAAUCUCGACUGCGUUAUCUGCAACAAGAAAAAUUCCCAUUUGUCGGCCAAGUGCCCGAUUCUGAAGAUGCCUAAACCAAAUGCAUCUUUCUUUGGGUCAGGCAAGAAGGAGUUUGCUUUUAUCAGAAUUACAGACGUCGACUACAAGCUUGAGACACCAGAUCCGUCGCCCACGGGACUAGUCACCGUCUCUGGGGGACGCAUCACAGCGGAAGUAGUUCAGUCUGAACUUGCUCGUAUCAUCAGAACAGACUAGAAGUGGGAAGCUUUAGUUCAUGAUGAAAAUUCUUUUUUGGUGGCUUUUCCUAGUGACGAUUCGCUGCAGAGAAUGGUUGACAUUGGCUUUCAGUUGAAAAAUCAUGGCGUCACACUCACGGUGUCAGUCUGGCAAAAUGAUCAAGAUAUUGCACCUACGUAUGAGUUAGAGGAAGUCUGGGUCCAUGUUACGGGGGUGCCACAUGCUUACAGGCAUUACUUGGUUUUCUGGGCUGUUGGGACAGUGAUUGGUGCAACUCUGGAAGUUGAUAUGCUAACUUAUAGGAUGAAGGGCGUGAUCAGAAUCAAGGUUGGGAUGAUGGAUAAGCGUCAGCUGCCACAUACUACAGACCUGGUUUUUGGUACUCAAGGUUAUCAUGUGACCUUUGCACAGGAAGAUGAACUUUUCUUGCCAGCAACGCUUCCGCCAGAAGAUGAUGAUCCCAUGGAUUUUGAUAAUUUCCGGGAUGGUAAUGGUAGUGCUGAGGAUAAGGAUAGGGAUGAUUCUUCAAAAAAAUUGAAGAGGACGAGUCAACCUGAGAGCAGCUUACCUCAGACAAAAAAUGUUGGAUCUGGACCUGCCCCAAUGCAGUGUCGGAUUGCGGUCACUCCUAUGGGAAACCGUCGCUCAUGUCCACCGAGGAGGCCGGUUUUGUCUGAAGGAACUACAAAAUCGACCAAGAUUGCGGUUACUGUACCAAGAGGUGGUUUCAGGCCGAUUCCUGGGAAUACUUUUGGUAAAUAUCAUCCUUUUUUUACAUCAGAAUAUGGCUGUGUUAAAUCUGAUUUUUCACAAUGCCUUCUAUCUGAUGCAGUUAAGCAGCAGGGAGAGGUGAUCGACGCACCUUUGGGUGUAGAUGCGCUUUCGACUGGCAUGGGCGCCCAGAUGGCAGGGCCAAUGGGCGAUUCCAGCAUGGUGAUGGAUAAAAAUCCUCAGGAGCUUAAACCUGCACUGCAAGUACAAACAGGCUCUGAGUCUGUUACUUAUAGUAGUCAGGCUAAUGUUACUCCACCAAGAAAUAAUGAUUAUGCUAAUUCGCCAUCUAGUGGGCCAUCUGUGAUGGCAUCGCCGAUAAUUCCGGAGUCAAAUACAGAUACGGUGGUAUCUGCUAAGCCAGAGGUGUUCACACCGGCAGCUUUCAAGACACCUACCAACAGUAUCGCAGCAGAUGAGCUAGUUCUGGACAAAGCCAAGAGGCGUGCUGCUAUUAGGAACCUGGAUAACCCGGCAGGGACAUACCCACCAGGUUAUCUACUCAACUACGCACUGGCUCCGUACAUGGGCUAUCCUUCAGAAGUAUACUUUGCAGGACAAGCUUGUAGCGGCCUCUCAUUUCUUGGCACAGGUGGCCAAGGUUUGUUUUGCCCGGGCACAUGGGUGGCGGUCUAGUCUUCGGAUUGACAGUCAUUAG